GCGUCUGCUUCCCUGCAGUCCACCGACCCGCAGCGAAGCUGCGCCUUCUGGGACGGCUUGGACAUCAAGGGCAGCGUGUGCCCGCAGCAGUGGCAGGGCCAGUACGCCGGGACUGCCUCGUGCAAGUCGUGCUGGGAGGGAGAGGACUGCGGGUGGACUUGCGACCUGACGGACGGCACCAAGGCCAGCGUCGACCUGCAGGCGUACGUCCACGCGUCUCACGGAGAGGGCUACUGCGCUCGGAACCCGUCCAACGACCCGUGCCUCGGCUGGCAGGUGUUCGGCGAUGGCUGCACCGAUUGUGCAGCCAACGGCAUGAGCAGCAGCGCCCAGGCGUCUGCUUCCCUGCAGUCCACCGACGGCCAGUACGCCGGGACUGCCUCGUGCAAGUCGUGCUGGGAGGGAGAGGACUGCGGGUGGACUUGCGACUUGACGGACGGCACCAAGGCCAGCGUCGACCUGCAGGCGUACGUCCACGCGUCUCACGGAGAGGGCUACUGCGCUCGGAACCCGUCCAACGACCCGUGCCUCGGCUGGCAGGUGUUCGGCGAUGGCUGCACCGAUUGUGCAGCCAGUGGCAUGAGCAGCAGCGCCCAGGCUUCUGCUUCCCU